CGCAGGGACGUGGGGCCUCCCUCCUUCCCGGGGCGUUCAGGCCUCUCCCCAGGGCCCGAGGGCGUAGGGCCGGGUGUAGGCUUGGGCCGUAGGGCCUUCCGGGUGCCGAGGGGCGGCAGGUCCCCGGGGAUGGAGCAGCCCCCUCCUCAGCUCUUGCCAAACACCCAUGACUCCAACCAGGGGCUUCACAGCUACAGGCCGGCUCUCAGACCCAGACAGACAGACCCACACCCAGGCCUCCCUCAGUGCCACGGGGGCUAGGGAUUCGAACCUGGGUCAUAGGCAAGGCAAAGCAGGUGCCUUCCCGGCUGAGCUAUCUCCCCAGCCCAUGGGCCGGAAGACCUGACUUCGUGGAUCUGGCUGCUGGUUUCUGGCUGGGGGCUGAAGGUCCCCCGUUCUCAUCACUUAUUUCAAGACCUAAGCAAACACGUGGAGGCAGGGAAGCCACCAGUUGGGGGGGGCUGUACUGUACCCCAAAGGAGCCUUGAGGUCCACGUGGGUGCAGGAUGUGUGGGCAGGGGGAGAAGGUGCAGGUUAAAUGUGCCGGGAGACUAGGCCCACUGUAUCAAAGCUAAAAAUAAAGAAAUAAAAAUAAAUAAAUAAAGACUUGGGGGCUGGGUGGUGGCGCACCAAGUUGAGCGCUCACAUUACAGUGUGCAACGACCCAGGUUCGGGCCCCUGGUCCCCACCUGCAGGGGGAAGCUUCACAGGCGGUGGAGGAGAACCGGAAGGGGAAAGAUGGGGCGUCCUGUGAGCCUUGGGGUCGGGGUCCCCCCACCCACUGUGAGGGCAGCUCAGCUCGGGGUCACAGCUGUCCAGCCCCGGCCGGUUAGGUGCUGGGGAAAUCCUGGCUGCAGUGAACCUGAAUCAGCAGAGCCCCGAUAUUCUGCUAGUGCCCCCUCCCCGAGGAGCCCUGAGUCCCCGCGCUCGGGGUGGGGGGUGCGGGGUGCAGGGGGUCCCCCUCACUCGGUGUCCGCCGACCGCAGCCAUGAGCCUGGUGGCCUGGCAGAGCGCCCCCCGCCCCGGCCCGGGCCCGGAGCCUGAGCCCUGCUGGCGGGUGCGGCCCCAGGCCCGCCGCUACCUGGAGCAGCUCCGCGCCCGCCUGGCGCCCGGCCCCGCAGGCCCCGCAGGCCCCGCCCCGGCCGACUACCUGGUGGAGGCGGCCGCCCACCUGCGCCUGGCGCUGGAACGCGACGCGGGCGAGGACUACGAGGCCGCCUUUAACCACUACCAGAACAGCGUGGACGUGCUGCUGCGCGGCGUGCACGUUGACCCCAACAAGGAGCGGUGUGAAGCCGUCAAGCUGAAAAUAUCCAAGUACCUGCGGCGGGCUGAGGAGAUCUUCACCUACCACCUGGACGAGGGCUCCGGCACAGGCCUCAGCAGCCUACGGCUCCGGCCCAUCCGCACACUGAGCUCGGCCCUGGAGCAGCUGAGGAGCUGCCGAGUGAUCGGGGUCCUUGGGAAGGUGCAGCUGGUCCGGGACCCAGACAGCGGAGGGACCUUCGUGGUGAAGAGCCUCCCGCGGAGCCCUGAGGCCAGCCGAGAGCGCCUGACCAUCAUCCCCCGCGGUGUCCCCUACAUGACCAAGCUGCUGCGCUACUUCGUGAGUGAGGACUCCAUCUUCCUGCACCUGGAGCACGUGCCAGGCCAGCUCCGGCUCACCUUCUUCAGCCAGUGGGCAGAGGUGGAACCGCAGUGCUGCCGGGAGGCUGCCGACAAGCUCUACUGUGCCCCAGAGGUUGGCGGCAUCACGGAGCUGACGGAGGCCUGUGACUGGUGGAGCUUUGGGUCUCUGCUGUAUGAGCUGCUGACCGGAACGGCCCUGGCCCAGAGCCACCCCUCGGGGAUCCAGCCCCACACCCAGCUCCAGCUGCCCAACUGGCUCAGCGGGCCCGCGGCCUCCCUGCUGACUGAGCUGCUGCAGUUUGACCCUGCCCGGCGCCUGGGCGUGGAGAGCCUGCGGUCACAUCCCUUCUUCAGCAGCGUCCAGUGGAGUCAGCUGCUGCAAGCGGGGGGCUCUCCUGGGAGCUGAGGACCCCAGGCAACAGACGCCGGCCUCCGGGCACCCUGAAGGGCCUGGGCCACAGGAGGGACUGAGCGCCGCCUACCUGCCUGCCCUCCUCUCCUCCGGCCUGGCGCCCUGGGCAGUUCAGCUCUCGGCCUGGUCACUCAGCUCGGGGUGCCUGCCCCGGGGCCCACAGCUCUUCCAUGAGGGGCCGGGUGGGCGGGGACAGGCGAGAUGUCUGUGGUGGCCUAGGGUGAGGGAGGGGACACUUCCCUUGUGACCCUGGUCCCAACAGUGUGACUUCAGAUGGUGGAGAACAAAUGGAGAGGAAAUGAAAAUGCGGUGGGGUGGGGAUGCAGGGCUCUGAUGCCGACAGAAUGAGGCGCCCACGGGGGGGAAGGGGGCUGAGAGCACAGUCCAAGCUGAAGACCCUAAGGUGUAUGUACCCUAACCCACCCACCGGCCGUUUGCGCUGUCCUGAAAAGCCACCUAACUCACUGCCCGUGUGCCCCCAUCUGGGGUGAGAGGCCACUAAUGGGGGUGACUGCUCCUUUUUUAGCCAGAGUGAGACGUUGCUGGUCCCUGAAGAGCUGGGGGCAAGCUGUCCAUGGCCUGGGGACCGCCCUGUCCCCCACGUGCUGGGUGUAGCUGGAGCCCCGGACUGGCCCCCAUUCCUUCCUGUCCAGGUGCACCACUAGAUGGCAGUGUGACCCCGCUUCACAGGACACAGGAUUGACCCUGGCGGGUCCUGCCUUGUGCUGGGGCUCACCCAGAGAGCCACCCCAAUAAACCCUACUGCUGCCUACGGUA